AUGACAACCCGCCUCAUGCAAUCCCGCCUACAAGCCAUAACCCGCGCAGCACUAUCCAGAACCAGCCCAACACGUCUGGUAUCCACCCACCAAACAACUCCCCGCUCAUUCUCUUCGUCAACCCGCAAACAAGCCCCAACCCCAGCAGCAAACAUGCCCAGCACCCUAAUCGAUCUAGCCAAGAACAGGCGCACGAUCUACAAUCUUAGCAAGAAAAGCCCAGUCGCAGACUCCAAGAUUGAAGAGCUUGUCAAUGCGGCCAUCCUGAAUGUCCCCAGCGCGUUCAAUACCCAGUCCACGCGACUAGUCGUUCUCCUCCAUGAUCAGCACGAUAGGCUGUGGGAUAUCGCUAUCGAGGCCUUUGAGGGACUUGUUAAGGCGGGUAAGAUCCCGCAGGAGCUUUGGGAGAAGCAGACGUUGCCUAAGUUGCUUGGUUUUAAGGGAGCGUAUGGAACGAUCCUCUUCUACGAAGACCCAGCGCACAUCAAGCCCAUGCAGGAGAAAUUCGCUACCUUCAAGGAUAAUUUCGUGCCGUGGGCGGACCACUCCAAUGCCAUGCAUCAGUACUUCCUCUGGACCGGCCUUGAAGCGCUCGGCUUCGGUGCAAACUUGCAGCACUAUAGCCCGCUCAUUGAUGCUGGUGUUGCGAAGCAGUGGGAUGUGCCCAGUGACUGGCGGAAUGUUGCUCAGUUAGUCUUUGGAAAUCCCGAGGGUCCUGCCGGGGAGAAGGUGCAGAAGCCUGUCGAGGAGAGAGUUAAGAUUUUUGGGAAGCUAUAG